AUGAGUUGCAAAGAUGGACAUAUGACUCAAUAUAACAUCGUCUUCUUCAUCACCACGUACAUGUUGCCCAUGCUGGCUAUGCUGGCAUGUUAUUUUCUCAUCGGGCGCGAACUGUGGGGUAGCCGGUCCAUAGGAGAACUUACCGACCGACAGGUAACCAGCAUCCGCAGUAAACGUAGGGUAGUAAAAAUGUUCAUCGUGAUCGUGAUGGCGUUCGCGCUGUGCUGGCUGCCGCAGCAAGCCUUCUUCCUGUAUACCUUUCACAACGCUCAGAUCCUGGACACUUCGUAUAUCCAGCACAUCUACUUGGCCUGCUAUUGGCUGGCCAUGUCCAAUGCCACCGUUAAUCCCCUUAUUUACUACUGGAUGAACGCGAGUCAUGCCCCGAAUGCCAUUACAGACUACGUACCAAACAGGUUCCGAUCUUACUUCCGGGAAGUGGUAGUGCGUUGCCUCUGCCUUCAGUGGCCGAGGCGGCGGACCUGCAGUUACGAGGGGUCACCUGAGCCUGCCCGUCGCGUCCCAGCCUGCGACGACCACUCCUCCCGCUCUCGCUCUCGCUCGCGGCAGGGGCUGAACGGCACCGUGCGGACCACACCCGGAUCGACGCGCUACAACAACCACCUAGUCGUUUACUCCUCCAGGGAGCGCCUGAACUCGAGGAACGGGUGGCGUCGACCGCCCGCCCCGUGCGAGCUGUGCCAGCUGCCCCUGCGAUCGCCGGCCCCGGACGAGGCGGAGGGCGGCCGUGACGAAAACCUCAUCCAGCUGAUGCCGCUGAACACCACGAGGGACAGCCAUGAUCACUUGUAUAAUAACCUCAACACCUCCUGCUAGAUCGACCCUAGAUGUGGUACACUGAAAGCAGUUAAACAAUUUAACACCACGAAGAAUCUUUCGGAUGGUAUACCUGAUCAAGGACGUGAGGACACACUGUUGUGGCAGUGCAUAUCUGCAGAAGACCAAGGUUUUUAGUGGUUUUGGCUUCGCCUUCUAACGGCCAUUUUAAUUGCUGGAAGGAAGAGACAUUGUUUUCUUUUUUUCUUUUUUCUUGCUUCCUUGCCUUUUUAUUCCAAAUGCGGCUAGAAGCCAUCCUCCCUCCUCCUCCUCAGCCGAGGAGCUGAUUGCUUCAUGUACGGUGCUAAGUCCUUAUACAAUGAUCUACCUCUACACACACUGUAAUCAUACCUGACCUUUUACAUCGUUCUAAAAAAAUUGAUAUUUUUACGUACAGUAUCAUACUUUACUGCUUAUUGUGUUUCUUUUUACUUAUUAAUGAAAAUGAUGAUGAUAAUUAUAAUAGUAGU